AUCGACACAUACUGCAUAUUAACUUACGAUUUUUUAUAUCUCCCAACGCAAUGGCAGAUACAGAAAACCAAUCAUCAGCUGCUUCGGCUACGUCGGCUUCUGGAACGCCACAAACAUCCUCACCAUCCAAAAAGGAAAAGAAGGCAAAGAAUCCACGGGCAAAACCUUCCCAUCCGCCAACAUCUGAAAUGGUGAACAACGCUAUCAAAGGUCUCAAAGAAAGAGGUGGUUCUUCCCUUCAAGCUAUCAAGAAAUAUAUCGCUGCAAAUUACAAAGUAGAUGCGGAAAAAGUUGCUCCUUUCAUCAAGAAAUACUUAAAAGCUGCAGUUGCUACCGGAUCGUUGGUGCAGACAAAAGGAAAAGGAGCGUCAGGAGAGUUAGCGUCGGCCUCCUCGUCGUCUUCUGAAUCUGCCAAGCCUAGUUCAGGAGAAAAAAGAAAGCUGGAGGAGCAGAUAAACCGAAAAAAACUGCCGCCGCUACCAAACAUUCUGCUACCGGCAGAGAAAAAGCCAGCCAAGGCGAAAAAAGUUGAAAAGAAGUCAGCACCUAAAACUGCGUUCUCAUCCGUAGUUCCGACUUCCGCAGAAGUUAAAGCAAAAACACCAACCAAGGCGAAGAAAUCAAAUAAAGGAAGUUCAACGAAAAAACCAAAGGCACCCAAGCCGAAAACAGCCAAGGCUGCAGCAAGUUCACCAAAAGCUAGAAAGGCUGCUCCUAAGAAGAAGAAGUAA